UCCGUUACAGCUUUACAGAGCUUCACAUUGUUUGUAUCGCCAAAGGAGCUUCUCAUGACGACAGCAUCGGUUGGUUCCUCUUCUGCUUCGAGAAUCGCCGGCGAUGAGAUCCAUGCGGUCUCACCGAUUUUUGAUGGAAACAAGGUGAAAAUAGUUGUUCCGUUCGAGAGGACAGCUGGUGGAAGCGGCGAGGACGGUGUCGAUGAGAAGAAAGUGAGAGUUGAGGUUCCUAUUCCGAGGAACUUGUUGAUUCCGUCGGCUAGAUGGACUGAUCAUGCUCAAUUAUUGGUACAGAACCACCGGAAUUUGAAGGAGAGUGGGAAGCCGGUGAGGUUUAUGGUGUACAAGGAUGGAUCGUGGAGGAAUUUGGAGAAAAAUGCGAUGGAUGUGAUGAUUUCAGCUUUUGUGAGUGGCAAGGCUAUGAUUGAGGUGGAAAUGGAAGGGCGUAAAUUAAUUUUUGAUUUUUAUCGCAUGUUAGGAAUUGAUUUGGACAGUGGGAAUGAGCUGCCAAUCUCUUGGAUUGAUGUCAGUGGUAAGUGUUUUUACCCUAAAGUCUUCAUUGAGGGUUCUGAAAAUCUCGAUAAAAACGAGGAAAAUGUUGAUGAAAAUUUCUCGUCGGAGAAUCCUAAGAUUGAACUUGAGAUAAGAAUCAUUGAGAAGAACUCAGCUGGAGAAGAGUUAGGAAAGAGGAAGAGGGGAAGUGAGGAAAACGAAGUAGGCAGUUCAUCGCGGCGUGUUGUCGCUACGCCUACGCCUACUGCUACUGAAUUGCUUCCACCAAAGUGGCCUAGGACAAGGCCAAUGAGGGACGAGGAGUACCUCUGUCAGAAGGUAAAGGGUUUACUAUUUUCUGUUUUGAGAGCUGGUGUUACAGUCACUGCCGUUCAUCAGUGUACUAGAACAGGUCCAAUGGAACAGGCGCGGUUUGAGGUUUUUCAAAAUAACGUGGAGAUCGUAGGGAGAGCUAGAGGGGACCCUAGACUUGAGUAUGCUUGGUACGGGACAUCGUCCAAGAAUGUGGAGAGCAUUAUGCGUCGUGGCUUCGAAAUGCCUAGGAUCGUACCGGGUUCUCAUACUCAUGGUGUUGGUAUAUACCUGUCACCUCUAUGCUCACCUCAAAAUAGUGAUAUAAUGUCAGAGAUUGAUGAAAAUGGUGAAAAGCAUAUCAUAUUAUGUCGAGUCAUACUGGGAAAGGUUGAGGAGGUUGAGUUAGGAUCUCAACAGCUGUUUAGGUCGAGUGCAGACUUUGAUACAGGGGUUGAUGACUUGAUCAAUCCAAAGCUGCAUGUGGUAUGGUGUGGCAAUAUGAACACCCACAUUCUACCCUUGUAUAUAGUCAGUUAUAAAUCUGUACGUCAUAUGUCAGGUCCACUGAAUGGUGGUGCUCAUGCUUAUAGCACAUUGAUACUUCUCAAGCUACAUAGUUUGCUUCUCCCACCAAAAAAGCUGGAGUUCCAAAGUUUGUAUAGAUCCUAUCGGGAGGGCAAAGUAGGGAAAGAAAUUUUCAUGAGACAGUUACAAUCUCUUGUUGGGGAAGAAUUGUUGCGUUCAGUUAUUCAGGAAAUCCGUGGCUGAGAUGAGGUUCUUUUAGUGUCUAAGUUGGGAUAAAAUGGGAUGUGUUCUCUUUGAUAAUUCCAUCUUGUACAAACUUAGUGUAAUGUUACCUUGUUCAGAGGGAUACCUCAGGUGUAAAGCAGGGUACACCUUAGGUUUUCGACUUACAUUUUGUCUUUGUUUUUUUUAUAAAAAAAAACUUCUUGUAGUGAUAUUACUAAAAGGUUCAGGAUGUUCUUGCCUUUUAGUGAAGUAAAACCUGCUCAAACAAGUACCUGUUUUGCAUGUGAGAUUUUGUUUGGGAAUCGUCUAGCUAUAGUGUGCAAAUCCCGCCUUCUUUCAGUGAGGAGGCUUGAGUAUGGCCUCAGGGAAAUGUGAUUUGAUAUGGUUUAUCUUACAGCUUUUUCCCUGUCUCCAUUCUUCAUGUUCUUUGGAUAUUAUGCGGACCUUUUUGUGUCCGGAUUUUAACCUUUUCUUUUUUAUUUUAUCUAUAUCAUUCUGUGUAACUUGGGAGACUUUAAAAUAUAUUUUAUGUAUAUCUCUGCUUGCCAGAAAGAGAAUCACAUUCAUUUGAUCCUGAUCCUUGUCAGAAUUGGCAGCUUGAGUUGACCGUUGAUAUUUCCUGUGCUUUGAAUGGUUAUUUAAU